AAAGGAAAGGAGAGAAGAGAAGGGGCGGGGAGGGGAGAGGAGAGGAGGCACCCCCCCCACCCAAGCCACAGCAGUAGGCCCCGGCUCCUUGGCCACCAGGACCCCCUCACCCCAUGGGGGGAGCAGCAACGGCGUCAGGGCCAUAGAGACCCCAGCCAGCCCCCGAGGGGUCGGGUCCCUCCUCACCCAGGGUGAAUGGAGCCACGGGAGGGCGAAGGGGAGGGGGAAGGGGGACCAGCGGCUCCUGAUGCAUUGGGGAGCAGCCUGUCCCUGGCAGCCCCCAUGGGGCCCCCCAGCUUCGAGCCGCUGCUCUCCCAGGUGGGGGUGGUGGGGAGGGCCCAGCAGGUGCAGCUGGGGUUGAGCUACCUGCCCCUGCUGUUCGUGGCCCUGGGUCUGGCCUCAGACCCCAUCCUCACGCUGGUGCCGCCCCUGAGAUGCCUCCAGGCCAAUGCCUCAGGGUGGGAGCCGCCCCUCAACACCAGCGAAGAGGCUUGCUCCCCACCCCCACCCAACAGCACCCGAUGCCCCCAUGGCUGGGACUACAGCGGUCUCCCUGUCCUCACCAGCAAUAUGGUCACUCAGUGGGAUCUAGUUUGUGAAAGGGGCUGGGAGGUAACCCUGGAGCAGAUCCUCUUCCUCUUGGGCUUUGCCUGUGGCUACCUGGGUCUGGGCCAUCCAACAGACAGGGUAGGACGGCGAGGGGUUGUGCUGCUGGCCUUGGGGCUGGCAGGACCCUGUGGGGUAGGAGGGGCUGCAGCUGGCUCCCCACCUGGUCUUACUGCUUUCCGAUUCCUCCUGGGCUUCAUGCUAGCUGGGGCCGACCUUGGCCUCUACCUGACCCGCCUGGAGUUAUGCGAGCCCUCCCAGCGGCUCCGGGCUGUCCUAGUCGGAGAGUUCAUGGGAGUAGUGGGACAGUUUCUGCUCCUGGGCCUGGCUCUGGCCUGCAAGGACUGGAGAUUUCUGCUCAGACUGAUCACAGCUCCCUGUAUUCUCUUCUUGCUCUAUGGCUGGCCGGGUCUGUUCCUGGAGUCUUCAAGGUGGCUGUUGGUGUCUCGUCGGACAAAAGAGGCCCAGGCUGUAUUGAGAGUUUUGGCUCAAAGAAACAGACCUCAAGGGGAGCCACUGGGGGAUGAAGCUGAAGAAGCCCUUCAAGAUCUGGAGAACACUUGUCCCCUUCCUGCAACUGCCCAGAUCUCCCUCUCAGCCUUACUCAGCUGUCGCAACAUCUGGAAAAAUCUGCUUAUCCUGGGUUUCACCACCUUCAUUGCUCAUGGGAUUAGGCAUUGCUACCAGCUUGCUGGAGGAGGAGUGGGACGGAAGUCCCAGGUCGAUUUCAACCGGUAUUCCCUGCUGGCUGCUGGAACAGCAGGCUUGGCCUGCAUCUUCCUGGGGGUUACCGUUGACCGUUUCGGCCGCCGGGGCAUCCUGCUGCUCACUAUGACCCUCACUGGCAUUGCUUCUCUUGUGCUGCUGGGCCUGAGAGAUUACCUGAAUGAUGUGGCAAUCACCACCUUCUCAGUGCUCGGCCUUUUGUUUUCCCAUGCUGCUGGUGUCCUCAGCAUCCUUCUCGCUGCAGAGGUCAUCCCUACGACAGUCCGGGGACGGGGCCUGGGCCUAAUCCUGGCACUGGGGGCAUUAGGCCAGCUGAGUGGUCCAGUACAGCGGCUCCAUGCAGGCCGAGGUGCCUUCUUGCAGCAUGUGGUCUUGGCAGCCUGUGCCCUUCUCUGCAUCCUCAGCAUCAUGCUGCUGCCCGAGAGCAAACGCAAGGCCCUUCCGGAGGCCCUGAGGGACGGGGAGCUCUGUCGUCGGCCCUCCUUGCUAAGGCCGCCACCCCCGACCCGCUGUGACCAUGUCCCACUGCUUGCCACACCAACGCCUGCCCUCUGAGCGCCACUGUGGGGAUGCUGACAGGAGAAUGGAGGGCACUACUUUUGAAAUGCAAAGAGGCUAACAGAUGCCAUGAAGGAGAUGGGAAACAACAUAGCAUGCCAUGCUGGUUAUAGGAAGGCCAAAGUACGCCAAGAAUAGACCCCCAAGGGAAGUCUGACCACAGACAUGAAGGAAGCUGAGAACCUCAUCCAAUAGGAAGAUAUACCAAGUAUACCAAGAAAGUGGAAUUAAGUACAUCCCAGUCCAUGGGAUGCCACAUUUAGACAAGGGGAGAUCAAAACCUUGCUUCACUUACUCCUUCCUGCUAUUUUAUGGUCCCCCUCAAGAUUGGUGUCUCAGAGAGGGAUCAUGGGGUUCUGUACAAUGAUCCCCUUGCAGACGACACAGGGGUGGACUGCAGUAAGAACAGCAGGGCUCUCUCUGGUCUCACCCAGGGAUACCCAGACCUCACACACUGGGCCUACUACUUAUAUUUCAAUAAAGGAAUUUUAAAUGGAAGAAAAAUGAGGAGACUGGACUUUCCUCUUUUUUUUUAAUUUUGGCUCUCUCCCUCUACAUGACGGUUUUUUGCGACAGGAGGGUAUCUCUGAGAUCUGAAACGUACCAAUCCCUUUCCCUACCAUUUCCUCCCUCUAGCUGGGCUCUGGAGAAAUGAUGCUGCUACUUUCCUUCAUCACAAUCACUGUCCCAUAAACAGCUGCUAGAGGGCAGUGACAGAAGAGAGUAGUAGGUGUGUUUGCCUUAACGGGGCUGGAAAUGUUUCAUUUUGGGAUCUGCUCUCUCCUCAGUUACCACAUCUAAAUUCCUUCAAGAAAAAUACAGAUGCAGGAAUGAGAAGCAGCUGCCCAGAUCAGGAGUCGAUUACCAACCUUAUGAACUGCUUGAUUCGUGCAACAAGUAUUUAUUGAGCCUAGUGUGUGUUCUAGGCCCUGUGGGAAGAUACAAGGAAGCACUGGACAACAGUUUCUGCCCUCAAGGAGCAUACGUUCUGGUUGAGGAGUGAAGAUGUGUAUGUAAAAACUAAAUAGCAAUACCAAGGCAGUACGCAUGAAGAGGCAGCUCAGAACACUGAAGCUUGCCUCCAAGCCUCCAAGCCUCCAAGUACUCAUAUACAAAAAAGGGGGUUCCUUAUUGCUCGCCAUAACCUCCUUGACUACGUUGAUGGGAAGAAAAUGCUUGUAAAUUACAAUGUCCUAGAGAAACGUAAGCUAUUAUUAUUACAAGUGCCAUUAAGAGUUUAAAGGAGGAAGAGGGCAUCUAAAAUAGAAAGCAGAUUAGGAUAGCGGCAUAGAGUGCUGGACUUGUAGUCCAAUGACCUGAGUUCAAAUCCCACUUCUGCCACUGCUUAGGUGACCUUAUAAAAGUCCCUUCUCUAUGGGAUUUCAGCCUAAAAGUUAUAACAGAUUGGAUGAGAUAACUCUGAAGGUCUCUUUCAACUCUAAAUUUGUGAUCCCUUGAUCUAUGCUAAUCAGGACAUUAGAGCUGGAAGGCUCCUGAGCAGUUAUCUAAUCCAAUCCCCUCAUUUUACAGAUGGGGAAACCGAGAUCCAGAGAAGUGACUUGCCUAAAGUCAUAGGAGGCUGAAGCGACCUGAUGACUUCACUGAGGGUGUCUGGAGAGGGACAGGAUGGAUAAGGGUCUCUAUUUGGGCCUUGAAAGUAGGGUUUGUUUAGAUAAAGACCAAGGAAAAAGACGUUUCCAGAAUGUGUUCAGAGCAUGUAGACAUAGAAUAAGCGUAGUAUUUUCAAGGUCAGUUGCUUCAUUACCUCUGGGUAAUAAGAUCUCUUUUAAGGAAAGCAUAACCCCAGGGUUAUGUGGACCAACAAAAUCAUACAUGAGACAGCACUUUGAGAUCUUUAGAGGGGGAAAAAAUCCUAUAUAAAUCUAAAGCUGUCCCCUACUGGAAUGGGAGAACAAAUUCCUUUGGAAAGGGCAAGGAAAUCUGAACCAAGAAAAUCUGGGAUGCAUGGUCACUAAGUAUAGAAGAGACAGUGGGAGUCAGAAUUCCAUCUGUAGCCUUACGUUAUUGGUAAUAUGGAAAAAAAUGCCUAUCCCAGAUAUACCUCUGGAGGGUCUGUGUGAACUAUUAAAAUCACAUAUGAGAAAGGUCUUUGAGUAUUUUGAAAAAGAGAUUUCAUAUAAAUCUCAAGCUGCUUUAUUUGCUAAUAAUUUGGUAUUGUAUAUGCUAUUGAGUAGUAAUUUCAAAAGUAAUGACAAAAAUGAGCUAAUUUCCUCAUCAAUGUAUGUAUACUUUUCUUAACAGAACUGGGAAAAGUCCAAAGGAAAGAGAUUAAAAUGGCCAAGGAAUUAGAGCAGUUCGUGCCCAUACAGAGAGACAGAUAUUAGGGGACACAAAGACAAAAAUUAAAAUGCUUGGCCCUGGAAGAGCUUGUGUUCUAGUGGGAAAAGCAGUAGGUACACAGAUAAAUAAAUAAAAAAUACAUACAAUUACAGAGCCCGAAGAAGGGCUACAACUCCUGGGGAGAUGAGGCAAAGCCUUUUAUGAUAGAGGCAUGGGAGCUAAAUCUUAAGAAAUAGAUUGAAGUCUAUGAAAUCACAAGGCUGCUCAGCAGUGAAGACGUUUGACAAGCAUUUAUUGUGGUCAGUAAAGUAGCAGACAUAGGCAUUCAGGUGAUAAGGUGCCUACCCUAGAAGAAUUGAUACUGUAGUUGGCUAAGAUAUACAUUCAUAUUGCAGACCUAGGAAGAAAUUAUAAGCAGAGUAUAAGACACAAGUAAGCCUGAUUCACCAAAUCCUAAAAUAGUAGAAUUUGGUAGGUGUCCCUUUGAAACGUAAGUUCUCACACCCAAAUAAAAGAAAUUGCUACCUUAA